AUGAGCACAUCAUCUAGCGACGCGGAGCUAAUUGCCCGACCACGGCCUAAAAAAAGAGUCAAGCAGUCGAUUCAUUCCAUAGAGGCCCUACCACUAGCAGUUAGCUACACAAGAUCUUACAAGGGGCUCCGGGUUGUAUGCCUGGCUGUCCAUAGGGAAACGGGAUAUACUGCUUUAGCCACUUCUUCAGGGAUACUGGAGCUGCGUCAGCAAAGAGACGGAGAGUUACAGCUAGUUCGCCGGUUGGAGGCUGCAUUCUGCGACAGGAUCGAGCAUAUGCGUUUCUCAUGUGAUGGGAGCUUGCUUGCGAUUGCGGGGAGCAACGGGGCUCUGGCCACAAUUGAUACGCAAACGGCAGAUAUUAUUGCCGUACGUAGCGACACUCCAUCGAACCACGAGCAGAUGUAUGUGGCCUGGUUGGGAAAUACCCUAGUGGCCGCAGCUGGGUGUCAUGCAUGGCUUUUUGACCAGGCCCUUGAAUCUAGUCAAAAACUGCCCAACCUCCAUAAACGUACAAUCAGUGGGGUCGAGCAUAGUAAGCGGCACCAAUGCAUUGUUUCGUGGGACGAAUUAGGCAUAAUUGAGGUAUGGGACAAGCAUGGCCAGCUUCCAGAGACGGUGCGAUACAAAACCAAAAGUGAAACUGACUUGUUUUUGUUUCGGAAAGACAAGCGGCGAAUCCAAAACAUCUCUGUUGCUCGAGACGCCCUGGUGGUUCUUGAUACCGACGGCCGACUGGUUGUGUUCGACUUUGUGUCGGGUAAACGGAAGCGGGAAUACGACGAGACACUGGAAACAGUGGAGGAAAUGCAAAAACUCGGAACAGGGGUUGUGAUUGACCCUGUGGAAUUUUCCCGGCGUGUGAAAACCGAGUCCAAAGAAAACGACAUGUUGGCCAUCGAUGUUUCGUCUACUAUCGUGGUGUAUCCUACGAUUCUCGGCAUCAAAGCUCUGUCUCUGAGAACAAGUACAGUUGCAAAGGUAUAUGGCCUAGCAGACAGUAUUAGGUUCCACCAGCUGGGUCUAGUUCAGUACAGGAGUCGUCAGCACACCCUGGAAACAGCAGCUGCGGAGAGCUCGAUCGUUGAUAGGCAGACCAAGGUCGACUCGGCAAUUAUUGCUCUGGAUGCCGAAGGUGAUAUCUAUUUAUUUGGCCAGGAGGUUAAAACACCGAGGGAUGUGGACUUGACCGUAGCUUCUGUGGAUCCAGAGCCCGUUGAACCGGUCAAGAUUGUCUGA